CGGGCUCGUCGCCACCGCGGCGUCGCUCCCGAGUACCGCCGUCUUACGCGCGUUACGGGAAAGCGGAACCUUAAGCCGAGCCGAACGUAGAACCAGAACCGCCUUGAGCAGAUUCCGCCGCUAACGGACCGGCUGGUUUGCUGGCUUUGGUAUCGUGUACUCCGUGUCACAAGUUCAAGGUGCCGUCGCUUUGGACCCCCGGGGUCCCCCUUGGCCCGGGUUUUCCAGGGCUCGGCACCGAAUGACGGGCGGAACUGCGUCAUUGCGUCGCUUCUGCAGGCGGAAUCGACGCGGUUCACGCUGAAACUAGUUUCCUGUGAGUCCGGCAAGACUUUAUACCGAGAGCAACUACAUACAACAUGGCGGCACGGCGGCCUCACAGCAAGAAGGUCCUGGGUUCGAGUCCCGGGGUAGCCCGGCCUUGGGGGUCGUCCCGGGUCGUCCUCUGUGUGGAGUUUGCAUGUUCUCCCCGUGUCUGCGUGGGUUUCCUCCCACAGUCCAAAGACAUGAUGAAACUACCAGAACCAGACCAAGACCCGCUUCUCCGCCCAGGACCGGGGCACGUCCCUCCAGUGACCCUACAGCCCACUGGCCCCACAUAGAUGAGCCUACCACCAGGGAGCCUCAGCUGGAUGACUGUGAGCGUAUGGGGACUCUGUUUGGGAUGUGUAACAAGUGCCUGCGCGGUGUGGGUUUUAGCCAGAUGUACUUCGGGGAGAAGAUCGUGGAGCCGGUGGUGAUAAUCUUCUUCUGGCUCCUGCUUUGGUUCCUGGGCAUCCAUGCUCUGGGCCUGGUGGGGACUCUCUGCAUCAUUAUUAUCUAUAUCCAGAAGUAAAGACUGCCGACGAGCUGAAGCAAGACUCUCGCGUUUUGCUUGGUUAUCGCUGCCCCUGUUGAGAAUCAGCUGAAUGGGUUGCAUGAAGAAGAGCUGAUGAAGCCUCGGCUUCCAGUAGGGAGGGCAUCUUUAAACGAUCCUAGCUGUCAGCCAUCGUUCCAUGUAUUGGGUCCUUGCAUGAAUUACGGGACGCUUCCUCAGUCAGCACAACUGAAAGGUGUAGUCGGUCAGUUGAACAGAGUCUGACUGUGAUGAUGUGAAAUGUGUCGCGCUGCGGUGUAAAUGAUGCUGCCCCGCAGCGCUAACCGUGCUCUUUACCCUGGUCUGAAAUCAGGGUCUGUUUUAAACUGGGCGAAUCGCACUGGUGAAGCCAAAUAAAAUGAAUUGCUCCAUCGGCA